UAAAAGUAUUUAAUUUAUGUGGCCUAGAAUAUAUGGGUAUCUAAAGAAGACCGAUCAAGACACCGAGGCCGAGGCCGGCGGCAUUGGCAACGAGAGCCGGGGCGCCUGCAGAGACCUGCACGUCAAUGGACGACGAUGGAGCUGCUGCAGAAGAAGAGGAAACGGAAGAAGUGGCCAAGGUGGUGGAAAAGCUGGACUGCUCGGCAACGGAAACGGAGCUGGAUGCCGAAGUGGAUGGGACAGCCGAUGAAGCAGCCGUGGCAGAAGAAGAAACAACGGAAGAAACAACGGACGAAGAAGACGAAGCAGCACUGCUGGACGCCUUGCUCGAGGAGCUUACGGUACUUGAUGAAGAGGCCUUGCUGCUGGAGCUGACGCUGGCGCCGACGGAUUUGCAAACGCUCGAGAAAGAGCUUGCAGCGCUGUCCGCAUCGCCACCGCACUUGGAUUCCAAACAUGAGGACAUCUCAGAGGAUUCAUUGCUGCAAACACAAGCAAUCUGAUUCAACGACGAACACUGGGAGGAGCUCUUCACAACCUCGGCAGCACAUGCCAACAGACAUGCUGGAGGAGUGGCAAGAGCCGGUGCGAUGUUAGCUAGAA